CGGGCCGGGCCUGGUGGGCUGGAUCCGAGCCGGGAGCUGGGUCCGGGGCCAGAUCGGGGGUGCUGGACCCGGACUGGGGGUGCUGGGAGCGAACCGGGGGUGCCAGGCCUAGGCGUGCCACCUGAGCCUGGCACCAUGGACGCGCCGCCCAUCACACCUGGGGAGCUGCUGUGUCUGGGCUCCAGCCUUGCCUUCUCCGGCCUCUUCUACUACCUGUACAGGAAGAAAGCCAGAGUUGUGGCACGCAUACAGGAGGCCCCAAAGCUCCAGGUUGACGACGAUUUACCAGCACUGGUCUCUGCGGCUGAUGGGAGGUGCCUGCCUUACGUUGCCCUGGAAGGCAUAGUGCUGCCAGCCAAGGCUGCGCUCACCAGCCAUUACCAUGAGGGGCUGCAGGGUGUGAUCCAGAAACUGCUUCUGAAAGAACAUCGGCUGAUCUGGAACAGCUUGGCCCGGAGCUGGAGUGAGAGUGAGCGGGUGCUCUCGGAGCAGGUCUACACCGUCCCCUUCUUGCUGGCCUCGCCGGACACUGAGGCAGUGAUGCCAGUGAGCGUGGAGAGCCCGCUCCGAGCUGUCUCCCUGCCGUUGGAGACAGUGUACGAGCGGUUCCAGCAGCCAGCCCACGGCUUCCGUGACCUGCUGGGCCAGUACUUGAGCGGGGAGAAGCCCAAGGGCAUCCUGGAGACGGAGGAGAUGCUGCGGGUGGGGGCCGGUCUGACGGGUAUCGGGGAGCUGGCCCUGCACCCUGACGGCUCCCUGCACCUCCAGCCGCCGGCCCAGGGGGGAGAAUAUUUCCUGUGCCUGGGGGACUGGCAGACGGUGCUGGCGGAGCUGGAGUCGGCCAGCGGGCUCUGGAAGGGGGCGGCCAUGCUGUGCGCCGCGGCGGGUCUGGCCGUCCUCCUGCAUGCCCUGUGCCGUGCCUACCGCCGCGCCCGCCUCAAGCAGCAGCGUGAGGACAAGGAGCUGGAGGGCGAGGGAGCCGGGGACGAGGGGCCCGAGGACUCCUGCGUGAUCUGCCUGAUGCGGCCCCGCGAGUGCGUCCUCUUGGGCUGCGGCCACAUCUGCUGCUGCUUCCGCUGCUUCCAGGCUUUGCCCACCCGCCUCUGCCCCAUCUGCCGGGGGCCUAUUGACCGCGUGGUGCCCCUCUACCAGGCCUGAGAACACCUGGGGGUGCCCAGGGAGGGGCACCGCAAACCAAGCCAAGCCUGGAGCCUGCAGAAAUCUCAGCUGUCCCCUCGCGUGCAGCUGUGUGAUUCCUGUUGGGAAGCAGGGGUCCUGAUGAGCCCUCCUGUCUGUUUUGGGGGGGGGGGGGGGCAGGUUAUAGCCUCCUCAUCCUCCCUUUGUCUGCCAGAGGGACCCCCCCUGAACAUGAAGGCUUGGGGGAAACAUACUCAGUGCCUGAGCCAAGGAGCCAAGUCCCCUGCCCCACACCAGGGGGAUUCCCUUGGCUAACGGCUGUUUGACCUGUGCCCCUUUCUGAGGCCUGACCCGCCCCAAAGCCACGCAGGACUUUUCCUUUGUUUUGCUUUUCCGGUGUGUGGCUUUAUGGAAAGGACAGCAGGGGCAGGACCGGGGCUGGUGGGACAGAGCAGGCAGGCAUGGUGGGGGUGACAGAGAUCCAAACUCCCCCAAGCCACCACAGUGGCACACCUUGGUGCCAUCGUUGUCCUCCCCCCACCAAAUCCACGUGCCUACAGCCGCUGCCCAGACUGUGUGGGGGUACCCGGGGACUGGUGGCAAUGAAGCAUGCCUCUUCACCAGCUGGUUUGCCACCCGGGGAGGGGGACAGCAUCCUUCCGUCCCUCUUCACAGGGUCCCCACUCUCCUUCUGGAGCAGAGGGACAGCCCUGGGGUGCCCCAGAGCCCACCCACGCCUCCGGCCCCCGCUGCACCCAGCUUUCCUGCCUGCCUCCCGGCCAGGACCGGGUGCGGGAGCAGCUUGUGUGUGGAGUGAUAAAGCCAAGGAGCCGA